AUGGAGGGAUUACCGCCACCACCGCCGCAUGAGGUACAUAUUGACUUCUUCGGCAUCGAAGGGAACACGCUGCAUUCACCAGCGCCGCACGACGAAACGCCGGACGGCACUGCAGCGGCGCCUCCACGAGCGCACUCGGGGGAAGGCCGCGCUGCUCUCCAGAGGAUGCGCCACAGCACACCUGCUGUUGUGCCUAGAUCGGUGGCAAUCCAUAAUGAUGGCAAUAACACGAACAGCAGACCGCACGCAGCCAUCGCUAAGACGCGGUGCUCGAGUGCCUGCGGCGCGGCGAACGGUGCUUCACCUGCGGGUUCUCGUCCCUCACUGACGGAGAUGGCGGCUUCCUUCCCAAUAUCGGUGCCCAUGCGUGACUCCAUCCGUCAUUUCCACUUGCUGAAAUCACCGCACCAUAGCGCGAGUAACGGCAGCGAGGCUGCAGCAGUCAACAAUGAGCAGGUGGCUGACGAAAGCGACGCGGGCGGCGCUACUGGUCGUCGUCCGGGGAUGCUGCUUUAUGAGCCCCUUCCACACACUCGCCGUCACCAGGCCUCUAGGUCAGAGCGAAAGUGCAGUGCCAUCACCACCGCUCAGUUUCCCGUCAACACAGCCGUGUUUGCCUCUCCAGAACAUCCCGAGGAGGCUGUGGCGCCGGUCGCCGGCACGCAGGAGGACGUGAGGUGCCACGUGCACGUGGUACUCGAGCGGCACAUGACGAUGUUGGCUGCAUGGGAAAAGCGUGUCUCUGUCGCGGAGGUGUAUCGAGAUAAGCCGGUGCGAACGGGUGGUCGGCCUGCGCCUGUGCGGCCGCAGGAUCGCAGCUUUCUCGAGCAUAUCAGGCGAAGGCUCGACAACUACCUCCAACAGCUGGAGGAUGCUAAGUCGCUGCUGAUACAGGCAUGCGAGGAAGUACCGCCAGCAAAGUCGGGGCGGCAAGGCGACGUCAAGGAGUGGCAAAGCUGCUGCAGCCGCGUCUACCAUGCACUGAGUGACUUCACCAUCGAGGAGAGUCUAAUGCGCUUUCGAGUGAACAAGCUGCUGACCGUAGGACAGCAGGAAUUCACAUGGAGGAUCUCCGCCCGCACCACCUCUUCGCGGGGGUCUAGCGCGCGUGCAAGCACGAGGUCUAGAUCUCGCAAGGCAUCGAAGUCCGCCACAACGGGGCAGCAGCCACUGUCGACAGGCGCAGGUUGGCACAGCUGUCCUGCCCAAUCGAUUCAUAGCGCGCAGUCGGCAACUGCGACCGGUGCAGAGGCGUCGCAGCUGCGCAUCCCAACAGUCACUAACGGUGCGCUUUCACCGUACGUUCGGCAUUUGGUGUCGAGUGGCGUGGUGCAGCGCAGCAACUGUGCCAUUAAGCCGGGGCACGGUUGUAUCACCGGCCCUGUUCAAACGGGCGCUGUUUCAGAAGAACAACUGUGCUGUCCAAGGCCGAGUGGAGGCUGUACCCCUCGCCGAACGACCAAGUCCCCUACACCCUCUUCAGCACCCGCACUCUCUCAGGCGCGUCAGCAGCAGCGUUUGCUUUCCCUCCACCCUGACACGGUGUCGCAGCAGCCCUCGCGCACUAGUAACAGGUAUGGCAACCAAACUCCGUACGGCCCCCUGUCACCGCAACGCCGAACCGUCUCUCUGCGCCCCGUGCACAGCCCGACUCACCCCAUGGUUCUGUUGUCAGCACUCGACGACGACGCCGAGUUGCGCAGUGCUACCCCUUCGCGUAGUACUCUGGCGGUACCCUCUGCUUGCCUGCCCACCGAUGCGCCGCUACAGCUUCGCACCUACUCCUCUCCCCGGGGAACUGCCACUGCGAAAAUAACACCGUGUGCAGCAGCAUUACAGCCUUUUCGACACCGGCAGCUGCUCGAGGUGAUUGAGCGCUGCGAGAAGAACACGGCCACCCUGCAGCGCGGCGACCUGCAUCGUGUACGGGCGUGCUUCUGCGAGCUCUACGGAGAACAAGUGGGGCUGCAGCAAUACUGUCAGUGGAUCGAUGACAUCUUUAUCGAGGCUCUGCAUGAGGCGUAA